AUGAAAACCCACGCCAUUGGACUAUUGCCACUGGCGGCGACCCCGCUGGCCGCUACAAAGCUUGAGUCGUGGCCUACAGUACUCGGGUCGUUCAUCCCCAAGCUUCUAGCCCGAGCUUCAAGGGCGCAUUGCGGCAGAGCUCCCCAAAAGUGGCCAGUCCGCUUGCCAUCUUCUGCGUUUCUCCUUGCCGCCGUACUCUUCACUGCGUACCAGCAGCAAGGCGUUUGA